GUCAUCUCUAUACCCGGCACGGGGCUCAAACUCACAACCCCGAGAUCAAGAGUCACAUGCUCCUCUGACUGAGUCAGCCGUAUUUUCUUAGGCUAAAAUGCUACAAGAGGAAUACUCCGGCAAACACUGAAUACUUUAGGUCUCCCUAUGAACGUUUGCCUAUUUAAAAUGUUUUAAAGCAGGCGUGUGUAACACAUAUGGCCAAACAAAGUUAAGGUAUCAACCCUAUGAAGAGCUUCUGAAACCUUAAGAGAAAGGCACGGGUCUUAGUGGCAUAAAAGGGGGGGAAAGGAGCUGACAGUUGACGGAUGUGGGAUUGCAUGUGGCUAAUGACCGGUUCACAUAUGAAGCAAUUGUUGCCCCGCCUCGUUACUGGUAAAAAUCCCCGAGUUAAAGCUCCCUGAUGCUACAUUUUUUUUUUUUUUUAAUUUUAACUCGUCGAUUUCACAACGCUGUGUCAACGUAAUAAAAGCAAAGGUGAAGUGAAACAGAUAUUCCCCACCCAGGUCUUCUGGAAGGAAUAGAAAUCAGUACCGCUGCUCUGGAGAUGUUUUGACUAAAGCUUAGCUCCGCGCGGAUGGCUCAUUAGACGUCACAAAGGCUCCGUCCACAGAGCGUGUGAUGCCCAGGCACUGUUUUAAGUGUUUCACUUGUGUUGACUUGCUGAACCUUCACAACCAUCCAGGGAGGGGCUAGUGAUUAUUUCCAUUCUAUAGAUGAGAAAAUGAGGCCGAAGCGGUCACGUAACUUGUAUAUGGUCACGGUAGGAGAUUGACUGAGCUAAGAUUUGAACCCGUGGAGUCUCCCUGUAACACCCAUGAGCUUACGCUCCGUGGAAGGCUGUCGUCGCAUUAGGUCGGAAGCUGAGGGACAGAAAGGCUAAGUGACCCUCCCAGAGCCACCCAAGAACUUACCUACUUGGCAUUCAUUCAUCUCUCUCGGUUACCUUUCAUCUGCUGACGCUGGCCGUGGGUUCUGGUCUGCCCUGCCUGCUAGACACCCUUCAUGCCUUUGAGGCACCUGCAUUGCAGAUAACGCUACAUCAGAUGUGUUUGCCCGCCAUGACGUGGGGCGUUCCAGAGGUGUUGAGCAUCAGAAAAUCAGAGUCACAAGUACAGACUCCGCGCCCCUGUGCUGUGAGCUUGCAGGGCCCGUCUCGCGGGGCCGGGAGCCUUGCCAAGUCUCACCGGAAGUGAGGCUGUUGAGUUGCCCUGGGACUGAGCGCUGGCCCCUGAGCUCUCGUGUUCAUUGCAGGGCUCUGGCUGAGAACAUGGCCAAUGGCAUCGACGAACUCAUCGGCAUUCCCUUCCCCAACCACAGCAGCGAGGUCCUGUGCAGCCUGAACGAGCAGCGGCAGGACGGCCUGCUCUGCGACGUGCUCCUCGUGGUGCAGGAGCACGAGUACCGCACCCACCGCGCCGUCCUGGCGGCCUGCAGCAAGUACUUCAAGAAGCUGUUCACGGCCGGCGCCCUGGCCAGUCAGCCGUACGUCUACGAGAUCGACUUUGUCCAGCCCGAGGCCCUGGCUGCCAUCCUGGAUUUCGCCUACACCUCCACGCUCACCAUCACCGCCUCCAACGUCAAGCACAUCCUCAAUGCCGCCAGGAUGCUGGAGAUCCAGUGCAUCGUGAACGUGUGCCUGGAGAUCAUGGAGCCCGGCGGGGACGGCGGGGAGGAGGACGACAAGGAGGACGACGACGACGACGAGGAUGACGAUGAUGAGGAGGACGAGGAGGAAGAGGAGGAGGAAGAGGAAGAAGACGAAGAUGAUGACACCGAAGACUUCGCCGACCAAGAAAACUUGCCCGACCCCCAGGACAUCAACUGCCACCAAAGCCCCUCCAAGACGGACCAUCUCACGGAGAAGGCCUAUUCCGACGCACCCAGGGACUUCCCCGAUUCCUUCCAGGCCGGCAGCCCCGGCCAUCUGGGCGUCAUCCGGGACUUCUCCAUCGAAUCCUUGCUGAGGGAGAACCUGUACCCCAAAGCCAACAUCACUGAUAGGAGACCCUCCUUAUCUCCGUUCGCCCCUGACUUCUUCCCGCACCUCUGGCCGGGGGACUUCGGUGCCUUUGCCCAGCUGCCUGAGCAGCCCAUGGACAGUGGGCCGCUAGACCUGGUCAUCAAGAACCGGAAGAUCAAGGAGGAGGAGAAGGAGGAGCUGCCCCCGCCCCCACCGCCCCCCUUCCCCAACGACUUCUUCAAGGACAUGUUCCCCGACCUUCCCGGGGGGCCGCUGGGCCCCAUCAAGGCGGAGAACGACUACGGUGCCUAUCUCAACUUCCUGAGUGCCACCCACCUGGGGGGCCUCUUCCCGCCCUGGCCGCUGGUGGAGGAGCGCAAGCUGAAGCCCAAGGCCUCUCAGCAGUGCCCCAUCUGCCACAAAGUCAUCAUGGGGGCCGGGAAGCUGCCGCGGCACAUGAGGACCCACACCGGGGAGAAGCCAUACAUGUGCAACAUCUGUGAGGUCCGCUUCACCAGGCAGGACAAGCUGAAGAUCCACAUGCGGAAGCACACGGGGGAGCGGCCCUACCUGUGCAUCCACUGCAACGCCAAGUUCGUGCACAACUACGACCUCAAGAACCACAUGCGCAUCCACACGGGCGUGCGGCCCUACCAGUGCGAGUUCUGCUACAAGAGCUUCACGCGCUCCGACCACCUGCACCGCCACAUCAAGCGCCAGAGUUGCCGCAUGGCCCGGCCCCGGCGCGGCCGCAAGCCCGCCGCCUGGAGGGCCGCCAGCCUGCUCUUUGGGCCCGGAGGCCCCGCGCCGGAGAAGGCGGCCUUCGUGAUGCCGCCCGCGCUGGGCGAGGUGGGCGGCCACCUGGGCGGGGCGGCCGUGUGCCUCCCCGGCCCCAGCCCCGCCAAGCACUUCCUGGCGGCGCCCAAGGGCGCGCUGAGCCUGCAGGAGCUGGAGAGGCAGUUCGAGGAGACGCAGAUGAAGCUGUUCGGGCGCGCGCAGCUGGAGGCCGAGAGGAACGCGGGGGGCCUCUUGGCCUUCGCGCUGGCCGAGAACGUGGCGGCCGCGCGGCCCUACUUCCCGCUGCCCGACCCGUGGGCCGCGGGCCUGGCCGGCCUCCCCGGGCUCGCCGGCCUCAACCACGUGGCCUCCAUGUCUGAAGCCAACAACUAGGCUGGCCUUUGUCGAUCCCAGUCCAGCGGCCCUUGCCCCCUCUCCCACCAGGCGUCCCCUGCCCUACCCAGUGGGUCUGGACUGUUUCUUUCAAAUCACAAAGGAAAAGAACGAAAACGUAUUAGCAGCAGCAGUGGUAUUUUCUAGGCCUCCCAAGGCCUCCUGCAUCCCUUUUGGUGGUGUCUGAGGUGGGCAUCUCCUCCCACAGGGCCUGGAGCCCAGGGCCUGGCCUCUACCUGGCUGUCUCUCCAGCUGUCACACACAAACUCACAGGGACCCGUGCCCCGAGGAGGCCACACCCUGGGUGCCCAGGAGCACUCUGGAGCUGCGUGUGGGGCUCGAUGGAGGAAGGUAGCUUGGCCAGAGGCAGACCAGGUGAAACAGGGACGAGGCCUACCGAGGGGCCUGGGGCGCCCAUCCUAGCUGAGCCACCAUUCUACGGCAGAGUCCCUGCUGACCCUGCUCUGGUGGGUCACUUUUCUCGUCUCCAGCCAUCCCGGGAUCCUUGUGGGAAAUGCCCUAUUGGCAGGGAAGGCUCCUGGAGUCCGGGCCCAUUUUUCCUCACCGUCCUGUGACCUUGGACGGGUCGGUCGUCUCUACCCUGCUCCGAAGGGGAGCUGGCAAUUUAGUUUCCCCUCUUGCACCCACCCCCACACAUAUACACACCUGUCCCCCCCGCCCCCCACAAAAGAACUGAGAAGGUGGGAGCUUUGCACGCCUAAAGUCUCUGGUGAAACCGUCUAUCUUGCCGGAUUUAGUUUUCUCACAUCCACCUCUCUAUUAGCACAGGUGAGGAAUGUGGCCACCCUAGACAGGAGUGACAAAGAAGGGCUGAGAUGUGCCGUGUCCACAGGCAGCUGUGGGGAACUCCAAAUACUCCCCACCUCUCCAGGCAGGCAGGCCAUCGUGUAAGCCAGGGCCCCUGGGGACGACUAGUUAGCAUUGACUCCCUCUCCAGGGCUGUACAAAGUCUCUUGGGACUCCUGGGGCCAACACGGAAGGGCCGAGAGUCACCUCCUAACACCUGGCGGCUGCCCCCCUCUGCCCUGUUUCCUAGAAACAGACAAAACACCCGGUUACCCAGGGUUUAUGUUUGUUGUGGGUUUCUCAGGGCUCCGGUAUUGCUGGGGAUUGCCCCCUUUGCUGUGUUUGAACACCCUCAAGCCCUCCCUCGUGGCUCGGGCAGGAAGCUGGGUGGUUUGGCUUCCCUCGGUGGUGGGAGGCGGGGCCUGGCUCCAGUAGGGGUCUCGGGGGCUCUGUGAGUCACAGCUGCCCACAAGCACGCAUGCACGCACGCACGCUCUCCCUGGUUCACAAGCUAGCAGUAGGUCUCGAGAAGGAAGACAGCUUUGCUGGCCCUGUGCCUUCCUCUUCUCUCCCCUUUCCUGCCCUCCAUCCCUUCUCUUGCUGAGUUUGCCUUUGUUUCUCGGUAGUCCCGACGGUAGGAGGGUUCAUCUGCAUGGAUUACCCAGGGCCGGUGUCCCCAGUCCAGGAGCUGCGGGCACAAGAGACUUCGGCUCUUCCUGUCGCCUUGGCUUCUUCCUGAGCAAACACACACACACAAAAGAACAAAAAGGCCAGAGAAGACCACAGACUCUGUCACUCUCCAGCUCCCCAGAAGAGGACCCUGACUCCACACCCCACCAGACGCCAUUCCGACCAGAGGAAACUGGUCCUGACACCCUUCUGUCUUCAGACACCAUCCUUCUGGGCAGCCACCUCUUAGACUCCUGUCUCUGUUUCUGACACUUGCUUCUGGGACCCAUCAGCCAACAUCCCCGUGUUCCCUCCCCAUCAGCCAAGGGGUUGGGGCUGACCCAAACUUUCAAAGAAAACAAGGAAAAAUGAACAAAUUGGAAUCCAGUGGUGUUGGGGCUUUGUUUUUAUUUUGUAAAGGUAAUGACUUCUUAUAAACUCAGUUUUUCAGACAA